AUGCCAGCAGUUCUGCGCAAGAGACGCUCCAGGCACUCGCCAUCAACCUGUUCCAGAUCCAACACGGCACAGCCGGACACAGUACCCAAGGAGCAAGUGUGCAUGCUGUGCCACCGGACCGAGGCAGACACCGACAUCUGUGGGUACAAGAGAAUGAAGUUCAAACUCUGUGUCCACAACUACUGCCAGCUUCUUGCCAGUGGGCUUUUCCCACAAGAGAACACGGAAGACUUUCUCCUUGGAGACACCAGGCACGUCAUCAAAGAAGCAGCCAAGAAGAGCUGCUUCAUUUGCUACAAGAUGGGGGCCAGCAUCACCUGCUGUGAGACGGGCUGCGACCGCACCUUCCACCUGCCCUGCGCCCCAGACGGCGAAUGUGUCACCCAGUACUUCGGGGCCUACAGGUCCUUCUGCUGGGAGCACCGCCCACAGCAGGCAGUGCACGCUCGUCCAAGCCAGGACAACACCUGCAGCAUCUGCCUGGACACCGUGGAAAACAGAAUCUCCUACAAAACCAUGGGCUGCCCUGCAUGCCAAGACGCCCGCUUCCACCGGCAGUGCAUCCAGAGACUGGCUCUGCACGCUGGCAUCGGCUUCCGAUGCCCGUGUUGCCUGAACCAAGAGCCAUUCAUGAUGGAAAUGCUCACCAUGGGGAUCCGACUCUCCAAGAGGUUGGGUUUUCUCCUCCCAGCUCACAAGGUACCCCCAUCAAGGGAGAGUGUCCAAGCAGUCACACCCUUAGGUCAGAGGCAUGGCCGCUGCGAUGCCGAAACGUGCCUUUGUCCAGGAGGCAGGGAGCACGCGGAGGAAGAGGGACCCUGGCAACUGAGGCUGUGCAGCUCCUGCGCUGCCGAGGGCACCCACAGACACUGCUCCUCUUUGGGGAACAGCACCUACUCCUGGGAGUGCCACACCUGUGCUGGCACGGAGACUGGCUCCACUGGCAAACCAGAGCUUGUCAGCCCCAGCACUUCCAGCCAGGAAUUAUCAAUGCCCUCCCAGGGUGUGUUGCUCCUCAACAGCAGCUGCUUCCUUCGCCCUCGGCAGGCCUUGAAGCGGCGCUACCCUGAGGAAGAAAUACCAUCACGGACAACGUACAGCCCUCCUGCAAAACGCCGCAGGAUCGAUGAUGGCCCAGCCCACAGUGCCAAUGAAAGCAGCCCCAGCACUUCCAGCCAGGAAUUACCAAUGCCCUCCCAGGGUGUGUUGCUCCUCAACAGCAGCUGCUUCCUUCGCCCUCGGCAGGCCUUGAAGCGGCGCUACCCUGAGGAAGAAAUACCAUCACGGACAACGUACAGCCCUCCUGCAAAACGCCGCAGGAUCGAUGAUGGCCCAGCCCACAGUGCCAAUGACAGCAGCCCCAGCACUUCCUUACAGGCAGUGUCGAGGCUGCCUGAAGGCGCUUUGGCCAUCAACGUGUGCAUGCUGUGCCACCGGACCGAGGCAGACACCAACAUCUGUGGGUACAAGAGAAUGAAGUUCAAACUCUGUGUCCACAACUACUGCCAGCUUCUUGCCAGUGGGCUUUUCCCACAAGAGAACACGGAAGACUUUCUCCUUGGAGACACCAGGCACGUCAUCAAAGAAGCAGCCAAGAAGAGCUGCUUCAUUUGCUACAAGAUGGGGGCCAGCAUCACCUGCUGUGAGACGGGCUGCGACCGCACCUUCCACCUGCCCUGCGCCCCAGACGGCGAAUGUGUCACCCAGUACUUCGGGGCCUACAGGUCCUUCUGCUGGGAGCACCGCCCACAGCAGGCAGUGCACGCUCGUCCAAGCCAGGACAACACCUGCAGCAUCUGCCUGGACACCGUGGAAAACAGAAUCUCCUACAAAACCAUGGGCUGCCCUGCAUGCCAAGACGCCCGCUUCCACCGGCAGUGCAUCCAGAGACUGGCUCUGCACGCUGGCAUCGGCUUCCGAUGCCCGUGUUGCCUGAACCAAGAGCCAUUCAUGAUGGAAAUGCUCACCAUGGGGAUCCGACUCUCCAAGAGACCCCCAUCAUGGGAGAGUGUCCAAGCAGUCACACCCUUAGGUCAGAGGCAUGGCCGCUGCGAUGCCGAAACGUGCCUUUGUCCAGGAGGCAGGGAGCACGCGGAGGAAGAGGGACCCUGGCAACUGAGGCUGUGCAGCUCCUGCGCUGCCGAGGGCACCCACAGACACUGCUCCUCUUUGGGGAACAGCACCUACUCCUGGGAGUGCCACACCUGUGCUGGCACGGAGACUGGCUCCACUGGCAAACCAGAGCUUGUCAGCCCCAGCACUUCCAGCCAGGAAUUAUCAAUGCCCUCCCAGGGUGUGUUGCUCCUCAACAGCAGCUGCUUCCUUCGCCCUCGGCAGGCCUUGAAGCGGCGCUACCUUGAGGAAGAAAUACCAUCACGGACAACGUACAGCCCUCCUGCAAAACGCCGCAGGAUCGAUGAUGGCCCAGCCCACAGUGCCAAUGACAGCAGCCCCAGCACUUCCUAA